CCAAGAAGAAGUAAGAAGAUCACAAGCUGCAUCAAUGGAUAGAAAGAUUUUGUCAGCCUAAAAGAAUGUCAAAGGGCAAUAUCUCAUUAUGUAAUGGAUUGCAUGUAAAAUCAGCUUUGAUUCCAAAUGAUUUGCCAGAGAAAGCAAAACCACUCCCACUUCUUAUAAUAUACAUUGUGUCUGAGUGGGUAAUCCAUUGAUGGAGAAGAAUGAUGAGUUGGAAGUCUAGUCAUCAUGAUCAUACCUCUGCAAUUUGCAAUCCACACAUAAAUAAAUAAAUAAUCAUAGGAUAUCUACUUCAAAUUGUCGUCGUUGUUAUUGUUGUUGUUGAUAUGAUGGUGAUAAUGCCAAUGAUGAUGCAUGGAGGAGGAAAGUAGCUUUAAGAGAGGAAUUUGCUGAAGAAGACCCAAAAUGGGACUCCCAAAGUCCAUCAUCAUUCUCUUCCUGCUGCAUUGUGCCCAGGUUGUCGUGGGGGGUCGGGCAUUGCUCAGAGGGCCUCACCACCGGCACACGGCCCACACAUGGCAGACGGACAGGGCAGCCCUUCUUGAGUUCAAGAGGUCUAUAACCUCCGAUCCCAUGUCUGUCCUCAGCAACUGGAACGACCAAGUCCAUGUCUGCAACUUCACCAAAGUCCGGUGUGGCAAGAAGCAUCACCGGGUGGCGAACCUCAGCAUCAUGGAUGCGGGCCUGGUGGGGAUUCUCUCGCCUUUCCUGUCAAACCUGACCGGCCUCCGGGUACUUCAACUUGCAAAUAAUCACCUGUUCGGGCCCAUUCCGGCUGAGCUUUCCUCCCUUAGGUUCCUUCGCCGCCUACGGCUCGACAUCAACAAUCUGCAGGGUCCAAUACCUGGCUCGCUCUUCGCCCUCCUCUCAAGGAAAAGGCUUGUCUUUCUGAACAGUAAUAACUUAACUGGCCCGAUCCCACCUUCCUUCUUCUCAAACUGCUCUAUGUUUAACAUUGUCGACCUCUCCAACAACUCUCUCACUGGAAAUAUCCCAAAAGAGAUUGGAAACUGUCCAAAUCUGACUAGUAUAAAUCUGUGGAACAAUCAGUUUACAGGAGCACUACCUUCCUCCUUGACAAACAUCUCGGGACUGAAUAACUUGGAUGUGGAAUAUAACCAUAUUUCAGGAGAACUCCCUUCAGAAAUUAUAGGGAAGCUUCCUUCGCUCGGAAGCGCUCAUCUAUCUUACAAUGAUAUGACAAGUCACGAGAACAACACUAAUCUCGAUGUUUUCUUCACAUCCCUCAGAAAUUGCACGAGCCUGGAAGAACUUGAAUUGGCGGGCAUGGGUCUCGGAGGAAGAUUGGAUUCUGUCAGCAAUCUAACUGCUCACAUAAAAAACUUGUUUCUGCAGGAAAACAGAAUCUUUGGUCCCAUUCCGACGUCCCUGAGCAUAUUAUCUCGUCUUGUAAUGUUAAACCUUACAUCGAAUCUUCUUAACGGGUCGAUUCCACCGGAGAUUGGCAAUUUGCCAAAAUUGCAAGAGCUUUCCCUCUCAUAUAACCUCCUCACUGGAACAAUCCCAGCAGCAUUAGCCCGGUCACAUCAACUGACCAUUCUCGAGCUGUCGAACAAUCAUCUCUCAGGUGAGAUUCCAGUGGAACUUGGAAACAUGGGACAACUCUUCUCAGUCAUUCUCAACAACAACUUCCUUUCCGGAAAAAUACCCUUGACGCUGGGAAACUUGGGCCAAGUCUCCAAGCUCGAUCUGUCAUACAAUCAGCUAACUGGAAUCAUCCCACCGGAGAUGAUAAUGGGGAGCAUCAGCGAAAUCAGAUUAUAUCUGAAUUUUUCUCAUAAUGCUCUUGAAGGGUCUCUUCCAAUGGAGCUCAGCAAGCUCGAGAAAGUGCAGGAGAUGGACUUCUCAUGGAACAACUUCAGUGGUAGCAUUUUCUCCCAGAUAUCGAGCUGCAUCGAGUUAAGAGUGCUAAACCUUUCUCACAACUCUCUGGGAGGGCACCUCCCUGAUACCUUAUCGGAACUUAAGAACCUCGAGUCCCUGGAUGUUUCCGGAAACCAACUCUCCGGAACUAUCCCAGCGACCCUCAGCAAGAUCCAGAGCCUUACCUUUCUAGAUCUCUCGUUCAACAACUUCCAAGGAAGGAUUCCUCAAGGCGGAAUAUUCAAUUCCAUCACGCUUAAGUCAUUGAUAGGUAACAGGCUUCUCUGUGGCGCAAUUCCGGGUUUAUCACCUUGCUCUCAAGGGAAGCAUCUGUUCCACUCUCGUAUCUUUUUGAUCAUAUUUGUCCUGAUAAUAUUUGCUUCGACAUGCAUAUCAAUUAUAUGCUGCGUGAUUGGAGUUCGGCGCGUCAGAGUUAUACUUUCCUCCCGAAAAACUGAAGCAACAAUGCCAGGAUCAACAGCAGAUAUGCAAAAGCCGCUGGAACUGGUCCACAACUUCCCAAGAAUCACAUACAGAGAGUUGUCAGAAGCCACUGAAGGGUUCGAUAAUCGGAGGCUGAUAGGAUCAGGAAGUUAUGGACGAGUCUAUAAAGGGGAUCUUUUGGAUGGCACUCAAAUAGCAGUGAAAGUGUUGGUCUUACAGUCGGGAAAUUCCACCAAGAGCUUCAACCGAGAAUGCCAAGUGCUCAAGAGGAUCCGUCACAGGAACUUGAUUCGGAUCAUAACUGCUUGCAGCCUUCCCGAUUUCAAGGCUCUCGUACUUCCCUACAUGGCGAACGGGAGCUUAGACGGUCGCCUCUAUCCUCAUUCUGAAAUAGAUUUGGGCUCGGGAUCUUCGGAUCUUAGUCUCAUUCAGAGAGUUAAUAUCUGCAGCGAUGUAGCUGAAGGUAUGGCCUAUCUGCAUCAUCAUUCACCGGUUAAAGUCAUACAUUGUGAUCUGAAGCCGAGUAACGUUCUUCUCAAUGAUGAUAUGACUGCUCUGGUUUCUGACUUCGGGAUUGCAAGACUCAUCACAGCCGUAGGAGGGACUACUGCACUUGUCGAGAACCUGGGGAACUCCACGGCGAACAUGUUAUCUGGAUCCAUUGGAUAUAUAGCUCCAGAGUAUGGCUUCGGAGCAAACACCUCAACAAAAGGAGAUGUCUACAGCUUCGGAAUCCUCGUGCUUGAGAUGGUAACUAGGAAGCGGCCAACUGAUGACAUGUUUGUCGGAGGGCUAAGCUUGCACAAAUGGGUCAAGAGCCACUACCACGGGAGGGUGGAAAGAGUCAUAGACUCCUCAAUCCUACGAGCUCUGAGAGAUCAAUCCCCCGAAGUGAAGAAAAUGUGGGAAGUCGCAAUUGGAGAGUUAAUUGAGUUGGGCAUCCUCUGCACACAGGACUCUCCUUCCGCCAGGCCAACAAUGCUGGAUGCUGCCGAUGACCUGGACCGGCUCAAGAGGUACCUGAGAGGAGACACGACCGCAACUUUCACCUCUUCACUAGGAAUUUCUUCUUCCACCCUCGGAGAUGACUAGCUAAGGGCUUUUUAUUCAUGAUGAUGUUUCCUUGAACUCGAUCCUGAUCUAAAUUCCAUAGAUGUUAAAUAAACCUAAAGGAUCAUGGAUAUCUAGUACUU